UUGAGCUCGGAGGCGGUAAUGACUCCCAUCACAAGAAAAUACAAACGUUAUUUGUCAGUGAUGAUGCAACUGUUUCCUCAUUCUGCUCUGAGUACAGUCAAGCUGAUGUGGUUGUAGCUGAUAACCGCUUGUGGACAUUGCACUUUGACCAGUGCGACAGGACCGCUUCAUGUGUUUCUCUUAGUUGAGUCAGAACUGCGCUUUAUCGUCUUGCGGACACGUCGACCUCCUUUGGAACUAACUGAAUCUGGAAGAUCUCCGCUCGCACCAUGCCGUCGUCUGUGAAGAUGGAGCCGGUCGAGGAGAAGAUCCAUGGAGGAGUCGGCCGCUGCAAGUUCUCGUUCUGGUUCGCAGUGGCCCACGACAUACUCGGCGUCUUCAUCAUGAUGGUGGGGGUGUUCGGGGGCCUGGCCAUCCACGACCUGUUCGUCUACGCCGGGGGCAUCAUCAUCUUCCUCAGCCUGAUCUGGUGGGUGUUCUGGUACUCGGGGAACAUCGACGUGCCGCCGGAGGAGCUGGAGGACGAUGUGGGCAUGAUCAAGCUGAAGAGAAGCGGACUGAACCAGGUUGUGAGGCGCAUGUCCGGCCGCAUCGCCAGCGGGAUCAGGAGCUCCUUCAGGAGGAGCGGCCGGUCUUUCAGGAGAGGACCCGCGGGCGUCAGCGCACCUUCAAAUGCUGGGACCAACCUGCCGCUAUCCACCAUCUACGACACCACCAUAACCGCCCCAUCCACAGAAGGGGUGUAUGACACAGUGUGAACUGCGUCAUGCCAGUGUGAACUAAAAUCUAAAAGCAGGUGACACAAAGAGACUGAUUUCUUUAUGUUUGUCUCCUUUUGCUCAUGGUUUUGUGUUGUUAAAAGGGAUUUUUGCCUUUGCUUUUCUAACGUGCGCUUGUAAUGAUUAGAUAGCACUGAGAUCAUCUGUGGAUUAACAUCCACGUGCUCAUAUCUGGCUGAUAAGACUUAAACUUUGCACACAAUAACAGUGGCUCUAAUGACACCGCGGCAGAGACAGCAGCUUUCUCACCGGUCAAUACUUUAUUCAUUAGUCACGUGUGGCUGAUUGCAGGUUUUGAGGAGUACAGCUGUGGUGAAUGUAAAUAGAGGAAUUAAGGAGGCCUUGUCUCAUUUGGGUGAAUAGACGUGAAGAUAAGUCAUUUAAUCUUUACGACCUCGCAUUGUAUCAUGCAUUUGACGGUUAACAUUCACAAGCAUUACAUUCAAUUUUAGAACAGAAAAGAGAAGAAAGCAACAUGUUUUGUUUUUGAUUGCUAAAAGCAGAAGAUGCAACAUGUUAGGUUACUAAAACUCUACUCGGUGCCGGCUCUCCCUGAGGUUUGUGGAGGUUCCCGAGCUCUGUAAAUGCUGUUUCUUUUGUGAUGCGACGGGACUUUGAGCGUAAACGCUGAAGACAUCUACAGACUUUAAGCUAACAGAUUCUGGAGAGGACCUGUCUGAAACGCAAUGGAGAUGCUGUGGAAUGACUUUGAGAAAACCGUUCACACUGGUUAUCAGAAGAGUCUGGAGCUGAAGCAACUCUGUGAGGAACAACGAUCUCAGAUCCCUCUUGGACACUGCACCAGUUAAACUCUUUCCUGCUGCUGCUUGUUAGAGAAUAGUGUUGUCCAAUGAGGCUAUAUGAGAAAUUAAAUAAUACUGGGUAGUAUCUCAGCCAUAUCUAGAGGUAGUGAUAGUUCAAUGGGUGUGUUAAGAUUGUACAACUGUGUUUCAAGCAUGUAUAUAGUGUAUAUAUAGAAAUAUUCUGCUUUGACAAUAAUUUGCGUCUGAAGUGGUUUUUCCAAAAAAAAAGUGGAAAGUGGAACUCUCGGAAAUCUUAAAAUUCUAUGCGAAGGUUUUUCACUUGCAAGUACUAGAUCAGCCAUAUCAUUGUGACCAUUAUGACAAGUUAGGUGAAUAGAACAGUUUGUUAUCAUGGCACCUGUCCAUGUGUGUAAGGCAGCAAGGGAAACUUUUGUCCUCAAGGUGUGUUAGAAGCAGGAUAAAUGGGCAAGAGGCAGGAUUUGAGCGACUUUGACAAGGGAAACACUCGGAUGGAUGGGUGUUUUGUGGGGUCAGUUUCGUGGGCCAUGUGAUCUGAUCCAACGGACGACCUACUGUCGCUCACAUUACUUCACUGUCCAAAAUUUGUUUUGUAUGAGGCUGUGCUGCUGCAGACCAGUCAGGUUUGUCUUUCUGACCCCAAUCCACUGGCAAAGAUGCCUACAGUGGGAUAAAGUCCUCGUUAAUGGGACCCCCAACUGCUAACUUACAUCCACGUACCACAGGACACCUUCAGAAGUCUACUGGAGUCCAUGCCUUUCAUGGUGGUUUGGCAGUAAGAGGGAGAUCAUAAUGUUCAUAAUGUUACAACAUAUUGUUAUGGAGUCCUUCCCCUAAUGUAAAAUAUGACUUUCAAAGUUCCACAUCAAACUUAUUAAGGUUGCCUGCCAUAAAGAUCUGGAUGCUGUAGAAGGAAUUAUAUUUCUUCAGCAACUUCAUCUACUUCCAACAUGUGUGGAGGAGGGAACAAAGUAUACAGAGUGAAGAGCCGUAGAGCACGUUCUGGCCCAUCGUUACUGAGGCUACAUUUUAAAAGAAGCACCGCGUCCUUAACAUUUCAUCAUUUUCCGUUACCAAGUGUAAUAUCAUUUCCAAUAUUUCAUGAGAUUUCUAUAUUUGAUUCAUUUUACUUUUCUCUCGAUGAAAAACAAAAGUCAGCGUGGUAAACUUACAUUGCGAGAACCACAGGUGCAGCAGAGAUGAGGCUAGCUAACUCCAAGCUAGCUUCAGCGAGACGCAUCGGAAUUGAAAUCCAAACAACAAAAGGUGAUACGACAAAAGAUUAGGCGACGGAUAGAAACAGAACAGAAAACACAGGUAAAAAUAUUCACAAACAACCAGGUCUCACAACGCAAAGAGGAACUAGUUGGACGGACAAAAGACGGGGGGUGGGGAGGAUAGGACUAUUUAUACACUAAUGAAAAUGACACACAGGUAGUUAGGGUGGAGCCAGUUAAAUGGGGAAAAGGGAAGCAAACCUGUUUUUUCAUUAGCUACGUGUUACCAGGAAGUAAGCACAAAAAAAAACAACAA